AUGGCCACGAUCCACUCCCGGCAUGGCUUGAACACAGCACGGCGGAAGUUGCGGAAGCUGAGCUUCCAAGAAUUCCUGGAGGUGGUUUUGCGCUUGAGGGGUGGCAACAGCGCCACCGUGACAGACAUCGUGGACCUGCGAGAAUAUGUUCGACAGCGCUUUGACCGUAUGGACCUGCGGGUCCAGCAUGCGGCCUCGGUCGGAGGUAGCCCGUCUCCCAACGGCAGAUUGAGAACCAUGAAGUCAAUGCCUGCACGCGGUACUAGGCAUGUGCAAGUGGAAACUCCGGCCAUACACGAGGAGCCAAAAAUGCCUGCCGAGCUGCCACGUCUCCUGGGUGAGGAUCCUGAGACUCCCAAGACGCCCAAGCGUGUGUCGCUGGGCGGGGAAGAGACGCUGGAGGGCGGCAAGUCGCCACGCUCCGAGUCUGAGUCGCCGGUGAAGCUCGGGCAGUUGCCCAAGGUGGGACCUCAUGGGGCUUCCUUCACGUCAGAUGGGAUUGUCACGGAUUGCUAA